CUGUCAGUUCUUAGUUACUUUACUUUGUCCUAGUUCGAUGGAAUUUCAAAGCGAUCGAAUCGGCUUACGUCCAUGGAAUCGGUUUACCGUUCAUAACCUUAAAGAGGCAGAAUUGUCAACGGUUGUCAACGUAAUUUUAAGCCUCUUUCAUUCGAUGGCAGUAAUGUAAAUUGCACAUGACAGAACUUCACAUUUUUUUCAACAAGGGAGAAGUCUGAAGUAGUCACUAUCAAUGUUAACCUAAUUGUGGUAACUUAUCGCUUGUUAAAAUGUCAAAGCGUUGGGGCAGCGACUAUGUUGUUACAGAGCAUCGCGACUUGCAGGCAAACACCAUGGCAGUCGAUGCCACUGGUAGUUACGUUCUCUUGGCAGGUCGGCGGUGCUUUGGAGUUAAGCAUCUGGACGAAGAGACAGAUACAUUGAGGAAGUUUCAACGUCAGAGUAAAUACGAAGUUGGUUCUGCCGAGUGGAAUCCAACGUUAGCAAACUGUCACUUAUGUGCGAUAUCUAGCAACACACGAGUGGAAAUACUGAGCCUCGCUGGUGGAGGGAGCUACGAACUUCAAACCACACACAGUUUGCGAGCACAUACAAGGGUUGUUAGCGAUUUGAAUUGGCAUCCUAAAGAGCCUCAUGUAGUAGCUUCGUGCAGUAUCGACACGUUUAUACAUAUUUGGGACCUGAGAGAUCAAAGGAAGCCAUCGUUAUCAUUAUCUGCAGUCGCUGGUGCAUCCCAAGUGCAGUGGAAUAGCCUAUCACCAUAUACUUUGGCUACAGCACAUGAUGGGGAUGUCAAGAUAUGGGAUCAGCGUAAGGGAAACAAUCCUGUACAAUAUAUAGCGGCUCACCUUACAAAGAUCCAUGGGCUCGAUUGGUGUCCAUAUCAACAAAAUCAACUGGCUACAUCUAGUCAGGACUGCACAGUGAAAAUAUUUGACGUUAGUAACCCACGUCGGGCAGAGAAUGUAUUGACGACAAAUUCCCCAGUUUGGAGAGCUCGAUACACACCUUUUGGAGAAGGAUUAGUAACUAUAGUCGUCCCACAACUCCGUCGUGGUGAGAACAGUCUUCUACUUUGGAACACUUCGAAUCUCAGUGCUCCGAUAUACACAUUUGUUGGUCAUACGGAUGUUGUACUUGAGUUUCAAUGGCGUCAUCAGAAAUUAGAUUCCAAUGAUUAUGAAUUAAUCACAUGGUCAAAGGAUCAGUGCCUUAGGAUAUUUAAAAUUGAUCCCUUUCUGAAAAAGUUAUGUGGACAUGACAUUGAUGAUGCUACUUCCAUGUAUGCACAAUAUUCAGAGGAUAAUAAUUUAAGAAGUUUACGAUCAGUCGAAGAACUUGGAAUUCGGAAAUCUCAGAGUGAGAGAGAAAUCCACUGCAUAACCGCCAAAGCUAACAGUUCGGACGGAAAUGCGGAAAUCAAUGUACAGUCCGAUACCGAGAAGGAAACUUCUCCGACACAGCCGAAGACUUUACAGGAGGAAUUUUUGUCGCUCAAUAUAAAUCUACCAAAUGUGGAGGUCAAUGCGGUGGAUAUAACACAGCGAGAGUGUACAGUAACUGUUGGUAGUAAAGAGUACAGUGUGACGUUGAAGAUCAACUUUCCAGAAAACUAUCCUUUUAGUGCUUACCCGACAUUCCAAUUUUGUCCAGGAAGUACAGUGGACAAUGUAACGUUGGCGAAGCUCCUUAAACUUUUGAAGCAAACUGCUCAACAACGUGUCCGGAAAAAUCGCCUUUGCAUGGAAUCUUGUUUAAGACAAUUAAUUACAGCACUGGAACAAACUUCUCGAAGCGACGAACCUGAAAGCAAUAAUAUGGGCUAUCGGAUACAACACAAUACAAAUUUUCUUAGUUCGAACAAUAUAUUUACUAACUAUCAGGAUGCUUACAUUCCGUUUCCUCGAACUUCAGGAAUAAAAUUUUGCUGCGUAGGAACACUCGUUUGUUUCGGUCGAGCUCUGUAUGCCAGAAGAUCCUCCAUUAAAUUUGACGGGGCUACGCCAAGAGCUUUGUCUGCUUUAGGAGCAGGUGUCGGCAAUGGUGGACAUUUUAUGCAAAUGUAUUCGAGCUCUUACGUUCCUUCCAGUGAUAAUAUUUCCAUAAGUUCCUAUUACUUUCAAGAUCGAAAGAACACAAAACGGGGAGUAUAUGGAGCCAAAGGACUGGGCAGCAAAAAUUAUCGUUCCUUAGUGACAACAUAUGAUGUCUCUUCUUUAUUCUUUGUGAGCAAAGAACUGGCUGAACAAUAUCUGGUUAAUGUCACCGAUAUCCCUGCAAUGUGUCAAUACAAUGCGAACGUUGCUGCUUCCUUGGAACGUCCAGACUUGGUUCAAGCUUGGUACCUCGCAGCACUGGUUGUAUCUCAACCUUUAAUAAAUGGGAUACCAGGUUCUUGUCAAUCAUCUGACAUCGACACUCCCUGGCUGUUGCACCCUUUCGGACAAAAUUUAAUGCACUCACUAAUACAACACUAUGCAGGUCAAUCGGAUGUCCAAAUGGCUGGCAUGUUGAGCUGUAUGAUAAGCUAUCGAUCCGAGAAGUCCGAUACUGGUCAGUGUCGAUCCAUCAGCAAGUCAGUCAAUGUUAGCCGGCUUUCGAAUGGAAAACGUUGGUUGAAGCCUGGUGGUUCGCCUUACCACACGAUACAUCCAGCGGACACGACACUCGAAGGUUGGAAUUUUCAAAACCUCAAACCACACCGAUCGAAUUCGUGGUCGGAGUCUUUGGAUGAUCUCAAGAUUUUCUCCGAAAGUAGUGCUGAGCUCGGAAGAAGCAUCAGGAUCAUCGAUGAAAAGAACACAGCCCUGUACGAUGGCUACAAGAAAGCGUAUGCCGAAGUGCUACACAGGUGGCAAUUGUUAGACGCACGUGCUCAGAUUUUAAAACACCUGAGCAUUGCCCCGAUUGAUGCACAUAAAGGCGUGGAAUUUCAAAGCGAAUGCCAUUCCUGCAUAAAAGCCAGCAGAGGACCGCAAUGCAACAAUUGCAAGAGGCUGGCAUUUAAUUGUGUCAUUUGUCACAUUUCGGUUAGAGGUCCAAGUAAUUUUUGUAUUGUCUGUGGGCAUGGUGGACACACGGAACACUUGGCAGACUGGUUUACAAAUGAAACUUCGUGUCCUACGGGUUGUGGGUGCUACUGUCUAGAAGAAACCGUCACACUUUUGAAAAUGUAAAUAUUAAGAUACGAGUGUAUUAUUAAACAACAGCGAAGUAUUAAAAUAAAGGUGAGAACAUUUUUCCGUAAUUUAUGUUCCCUGGUUUUUUGAGUCGAUUAUUUAGAUAUGUAAACGAAACAUUGUCUCUCGAUAGACUCCAUUGCUUUCACCGCCAAACCAGAGAGUUCAUGCAACAUUUUCAGAGCUUCUACAUCGGUAAAGAAACAUGGUUGCAGACUUCAAUCGCAGCGCAUGAUCAUGUCAGUAACCUCAGCCUUUGACGUCUUUUAUGAAACACUCCUGUAGAGUUGAGAACAUUCCACGUCGGUAAAGAAAUUUGCAAACAAAUUAUAUAUUACCGUGUCGACUAAUUGAACAUUUGUAUUUAAAGGGAAAAUGUACUACGGAAGGUACAGCUUCAAAAACGCGUACUAUGCUAAUUAUCAGUCUAUCUAGUAUCUAAGGCUUAAAUAAAUUUCCUAUUAAAUCAUUGGAAAGCGUUCGAUACAAGCUAAAUCAUUUCACCGUGCUUAAUGUUUAUAUGGCAGAUUGUGGAAAUGAAAUCAUUCGUUCUUGUGCAUUAUCGCGUACAAUAUUUAGGGUUAAUUAUCCUUUACAGUCUAAUUGAGGUUCCAAAGUCGAUUUUGUAAUUUUCCGGACUUUCUCUACGGCGAAAAAUACUUCAACGACCUUUCAUUGCCAUGCGAUACAGCAUGCUAUCGCUUUUAAUGCUUCUGACAUGAUUCGGUACAUGUCAUUCUGUUAUCAAACGUUAAUAGUAGUCCGUCAGUGUUGCCCGCGACAUCGUCUCUUAUCAGUUCACACGUUCUUGCGUUUUCGACAAUUACAUAAAUAACGGCUUAUCCGGCGUUAUCCGAAAUGUGAGAAAAUAUCCGAUGCGCCAUGAGAGUGCACUUUACGAUCUGCUCUAUCUUCAAUACUUAAUCGAAUACGAUACGAACAAGUACAUCUAGGAGAACUAGAUACCUCGAUAAGCGUGACAAUUACAUAUUUAAGGGGAUGUGAAAAUAACUCUCGAAGGAUCAAUCGUUUGUGCAACUUUUCUCCGAAAUUGAUGCACCGAACCGUUUGACAUUUCGUCACGUGAAUAUGGAGGCCUUUAAAAUUGAAUUCGUUAUGAAAAAAUAGUAAAAAUAUAUGAAUAAAUUGAAACAAAAGAUAAAAAGUGGAAUGUCACCACUUUAAAGCCUCCACAUUCACGGGGUAGAAUUUCAAACGAUUCGACACACCCAGUUCGCAGAAAAAUAACAAAAAAAUACCCCUUAACCUUUCAUGCCACCUUAAUAUAGUCAUAUGAAAUAUGAAAUCUCAUGGGCGGUGGUUCCUCGGAGUCCCCUACAUUCAUGGGGGAGAAUUUCACGCGAGAUUUCAUUGAAGUGCGCCUUGUUAGGAGAAAGGUUUCAUAAACGAGACUUCUCAGACACCACUUUAAGAUCGCCUUAACGAGUACGAAUGGCUUUCGGGUGGGUAUGAGACUGCCGUGAGACUUCAAAGGUUUGUUCGUUUUGCCUACACUUUCUGCACUUUUACGAACUUAUACAUACGUACACUUACGUACACUUUGGCGUUCGUUUUGACGGAAGUGAUGCAGACGCCGCUGUUCGUUUUGCGAGGGCAUCUACCCCGA